AUGAUGGUGACUGUCUUGGUGGUCUUCCUUGUAUUACUUCUGAUUAACCAAGGAGUUUCACAGACAAACAACAGCCAAAACAAUAUUAACACACCCAUCAUAUCAUUCUGUGAUCGUAACCCUCCGAUAAUUCCAUCAAGUUUUAUCAACAACCGCAAUUCAUCCCUAGCUGAAAUCAGAAGAAAACUAUCAAGGAGCGAUGUAUUCUUUGCUACAGCACAGAGUUCAGCAGAAGGGGACUUGGUCUUUGGAGCUGCCCAGUGCAGGAACUACCUCUCCACAACCCAGUGUCUGGCUUGUUUUGAUGCGGGUGCGUCUCAACUAACCAGCUGCGCUACUGGCAAAUUUGCUUAUGUUUUCUUGGAUAACUGCUUUGUAAGGUAA